AUGUCCACGUUGCCUUCACAGAAGCAUGUUGUGGAGACAUUUUUUGGAUUUGAUGAGGAGUCUGUGGACUCGGAAACCUUGUCGGAGACGUCCUGCAACACAGACAGGACAGACAGGGCCCCGGCCACCCCCGAGGAGGACCUGGACGACACGACCACCAGGGAGGAGGCCGACCUGCGGUUCUGCCAGCUGACCAGGGAGUACCAGGCCCUGCAGCGGGCCUACGCCCUCUUGCAGGAGCAGGUGGGGGGCACGCUGGACGCCGAGCGGGAGGCCCGGACCCGGGAGCAGCUGCAAGCGGAUCUGCUGAGGUGUCAGGCCAAAAUCGAGGACUUGGAGAAGCUGCUGGCCGAGAGGGGUCAGGAUUCCCAGUGGGUGGAGGAGAAGCAGCUGCUCAUGAGAACCAACCAGGAGCUGCAGGAGAAGGUGUACCGGCUGGAGGUGGAGGAGCGCCAGCUGAAGAGCGACAUGCAGGACGCGCGGGACCAGAACGAGCUGCUCGAGUUCAGGGUGCUCGAGCUCGAAGUAAGGGACUCUCUCUGUUGUAAGCUCUCAAACGGCGCAGACAUUCUCUUUGAGCCCAAACUGAAAUUCCUGUAACGCCCCCGGACGCCCCGAGCAUGUGGAAAGGGGACGCGGCCCAGUGGUUUCUUUCUUUUUUCUCUCCCUUUUAAAAACCUGUAUGUUCAGAAUGAUUUCACUGCCUUAAUGUUCUGGAGGGAAUGCUCGCCGCAGUCCUGGGACCUGUACCAGAGCUCAUCUAUUUAUUGCCUACGGCUUGUUUUGCACUUAAUAAAAUAAUUUGUUUUUGCAAUA